UCUCUCACAUGCUCACUCUUCCACCCAUCCUCUGUCUAUCUCAAUCUUUCUUUCUAUCACGCAUUGAUCCGAUGCUGCAGGCGACUCGCUGCUCAAACACAAUGGGAUGAAAUUCACCACAAAAGACAAGGACAACGACCACUCUGAGAAUAACUGCGCGUCCUUCUACCACGGUGCCUGGUGGUACCGUAACUGCCACACCUCCAACCUGAACGGACAAUACCUGCGCGGCCAACACACCUCGUAUGCUGACGGCAUCGAGUGGUCAUCCUGGACGGGUUGGCAGUACUCGCUGAAGUUCACCGAGAUGAAGAUCAGGCCAACCAAGGAGGAGAAUAAAUGAGCGAGAACUAGAAAGCUCGACAAGAGGAGCUCUAAGGUGGCUGUAGGUGUUAGAGACACUCGAUGCAGAAACGCAAGAACUUUCCGGCGACAACUUCUUUCUCAUGUUUCUGUUUCUAUCCAUCUUUCAAACCCCCGUUUUCCCGCCAUCUUGUAGUGUUUGUGCUAACGCCCAAUGGGCGGAUGUUUUUCUCUUGAUCUACUGUUCACAUCUCUGAAUAUUAUUACGAAACAUUGCAGGUAUUGUCAAAAAAUGUACUAAUGAAAAAAAUAUAGUUGUUGUCUAAAAAAAAAAAAAAAAGAAAACAAGAAAAAAAAAGAAACUUCUGUAGCUGUGAAAUUUAGCAAGAACGUGUAGCUUUUCAUAAAAAUAAAGACUUUUAACUCUUCAGACAUUC